AUGGAUACUUCAACAAAUGAACUGAUCAAUAUACUGAAAUAUGAUCAUUUAUUGAUUAUAUCAACAUAUACAAGAACAGUAUUGAUACUUGUUGCGGUACUAAUAGGAGUUAUGUUACUUGUCAUAGUCAUAUCAUGGCAAUUAUUUCAGAAAUUACACACUAUCCAAUCGGUACUUAAGACAGAUCAAUUAGGAGGUACAUUAUAUUAUACAUUGAAGUUUUACGAAACACAGAUCAUCUUUAUAAACAUGUUGGGAAUCGUUCAAAUUAUUCCAUGCAUUUACAUUAUUAGAAGUAAAGUUCCAAAUAUAUCGACUUAUGCAAGAAAAGUUUUGAUAAUUCUUAACAUUCAACUACUUAUUACACUAUUUAUCAGGAUACUUUUCUUGCUACCCUUCAUUGCAGUUGUGACUGCAUUAUUGAUUGCAUUUGUGAAGGAAAUAAGUGAUACAUUCCCAUUGAAUGUUAUUACUUUGUUUAUUUAUACGAUGACCUUAGCUACAGCCAUUGAAAUAUUGGAUAUAUUGGUGGGUAUGGGUGCUAAACUUGAUGCUUUUGGAAUCAGUCUAACAUUAUUUACAUCGGCAUUACUUAUUGGUGCAGCUAUCAAAACAAGAUUAGCAGAUUAUUUAACGGCGAUUGUAAUACUGCUUAUAAUCGCUGCUAUUUUAAUUGCUGUAGCAAGUAUUUUGAUCACAAUUUUUAAACACUCGUCAGCAGCGAUCAUAUUCUACAUACUUACAGAUAUAUUGCUAUUUGUUAUAACAAUAUUUGUCAGUCAAAUAACAGUUGGCAAAUUACAAUUACGUAUCUUUUGUACAGAAUAUACUUUGGCUGCAUUAUUAUUAUAUAAUAUGUUUUCAGCUACCUAUUUAACCACUACUGGUAUGAUUUGUAACAUAACCAGCACUUGUAAUAGUUCAAAUGCAUCCAUUUAUUCAUUCAACAAUUUACCGGGUUAUAUAAUUUGAAUUUGAAAACUUACAUAUUACAAAACAUAAUUGGUUUUCAUCGUUUGUUUAUUUAUAUCAAACUUCAAAACAUCUAACCAACUUAUAACAUGUUUUCUUGUUGAAUAAAGUUACGAAUUCUCUAUGUUCAUUUUGUUCAAUGAAAACAUCAAAGAAUCCCUUUCAAAUAUUUAGUGAUUUUUUGUGAAAUUUGAGAAAACUAAGCUGUGAAAUGUUGUACUGUUUGUUUGAAUCUUCUCAUCGUUUUCUAGGACUGCAAUUGAUCAGUCUUUCUCUUAUUGGCAUAUGUGCACUCUGUGAGGUUUGUCUCGAUAUAUCCUUACGUUACAAGCGUUUUGAGCGAAGAU